CUGUGACAGUGAAAAGCUGAGAAAAAGCCUCAAGAUGGUUGAAUUCAGAUGGAUUAAAGUGUUUUUAUUUCUAAUAAAGAUGCUUCAGUUUACAGCAGUGAAUGGACAAUCUUCCCCCAGCUUUGUUGUCAGAGUUGGAGAUGAAGUCACUUUGCCUUGUGAAAAUGGGAGAUAUGAUCAGGACAAAUGUAACGGUACAUACUGGAUCUUCAGUGAUUCAGAAAGCACGUUAUCGUUAUUGCUGGUGGACCGUGGGAAGAUUUUUGAAAACGCCAAAGCUAAAUCAGACAGACUGAGUGUUACAGAGAACUGUUCUCUGGUUAUAAAGAAAGUCACAGUUGAUGAUGUCGGCCUUUACACCUGCAGACAGUUGAAAUCGGAACGGGAAGAUGCUCACGUUUACCUGUCUGUUAUCCACAUGACUGAACAGAAGGACACUGAUGAGGUGACGUUACAAUGCUCUGUGUUGACAUAUGAAUGGUGUAGACACACAGUGGAGUGGCAGUAUGAGGGGAAAGAUGGAGAUAUAAGAUACACAGAUAUGCAGAAAUCCCACUCUGAGUGCUCAGUUAAUUUGACAUUUCCGACUAUUCCUCUCAAACUGAAGCCAAAGUAUCAUGAGUUGUUCAAGUGUGAAGUGACAGAUGAUGUGACUCAAAAAGUGCAGCUGUUUACCUUCAGCCCUCAGUCCUUGGGUGCGAAACCAGAUGAUGAACCUGAAAUAUUCUUUCUCACCACACAGUUUGUUUGCUUUUGUCAUCUCAUUUGUCCAGGUGAUCAGACCAACAAAACAGAGCCUGAUAUCAGUGAUACUUCAACAACACCACAAGGUUGGUUGAGGUUCAGCAUUGUGUCUGUGGGUUUAACAGUACUCAUAAUAACUGUUGUGGCGGUCUAUAUAUGGACAAGAGCCAAAGGGAACAAAACCCAGAUGGAUGUCAAUGCUGAGCAUCAUGAUGAAGAUGAAGGUACAGUGACCUAUGAAAACGUUGGAGAACCUUCUGUUUCUAUCAGACUCCACUGAUCAACAACUUCAACAUCAACUCACCAGAAAAA